CGCAGAUGGACAACAACGCACCACUGGUCGGUUUAAAGCCACUGGAUUUGGAUUAAAUAGCUUGUGAGGAGAGCCGAUGAGCCUUUGGUACGGGAGGGAGAGAGGGAGCUAAGGGCUGAUUUUUAUCUUUUAACGGAUCGAGAAGGGGAGGAGGCACGAAGAAUGAGUUAUUCUUGUAGCAGCACUGAGCCUGUUUGCUGCACGGUGUAUUAGCCAGCGCGCAACCAAAAGCUCCGACGCAACUAAAUAAAUCUGCUUCUGCGGCGACGCGACGCCGAGAGCAUCAAGAAAGAAAGCUUCAGUUCCUGCCAGGGCGCGCACCAAACAAACGCUCUUCUGCUGGACAUGAAAGUGCAGCAAGGCUGCAACUCAGCAGACAUGGGAAUCCCGGUUAAAACCGAAGAAGAAUUGCGAAAAAAUACCGUAAUAACACCCGAGGAUGUGCUUGGGCUACAGAAGAUCACCAAGAAUUAUCUGUGCUCGCCAGAAGAAAACGUCCACAUGAUCGACUUCACCAGAUUUAAGAUCCGUGAUAUGGAAACAGGGACAGUCCUGUUUGAGAUCACCAAACCUCCAACACCAGCAGGAGGUGUAAAGCACUGCGACCCCAACGCUGGCCGCUUUGUUCGAUACCAGUUCACUCCAGCCUUCCUGCAGUUGCGGCAGGUUGGAGCCACGGUUGAGUUCACAGUGGGAGACACCCCCAUCAACAACUUCCGCAUGAUAGAGAGACACUACUUCCGUGACCAGCUGCUGAAAAGCUUUGAUUUCGAGUUUGGCUUUUGUAUGCCCAGCAGCAAGAACACAUGUGAGCACAUUUACGAGUUCCCUGCACUGUCUGAGGAAAUCAUGCGUGAAAUGAUCCAGCAUCCCUAUGAGACACAGUCUGACAGCUUCUAUUUUGUGGACAACAAGCUGGUGAUGCACAACAAAGCAGAUUAUUCCUACUGUGGGGGACCAUAAGAAGACCUCCACCGUUUCCUCUACUCCAGCCCUAGACAUUUUUCAUUAUACCCUUUCAGGACCAGAAACAAAUGAACUGAUGGACAAAUAACUGGCGUUAGAUACUCUCAUCUCACUCCUGUUAGCUCCAAGCAUUUCCAUUCAGGUACUAAGCAUCCUGACCAAUCAUAAUCCUCCAUUUGCGUCUUUUUGCAGGAACAUUAAAUUCUGCCAGUUUUAUCUUCAGUUUGAAUCAGUGUGUGAGUGAGUGUGUGGGCAGCAGUGUCUGUACAUACUGUUGAUUUCAGUUUGUAUAUGUGGGUUCCCCUUGAUAAUCAACAGAGAGUUUUUAGUCUUUUUUGUUUGUUUGUUUAAUAUAAAGACAAAAGGGAGUUUAAACUAAACCAGACAAGGCAGAAAAACACAAUAAGAGAAAGAGAGAAGAAAGGGUUACAAAAUUUUAAUGUAUUUAAAUUUGUAUUUACAGUAUAAAGUUUGUAUAGGAAUCUCAUUACAUUUUUACUCCUGAAGAUUCUUAAAUUUGUAGUAGCACAGCCAUCUGAAUGAUUCUUUCCUCCGCCUAUGUAUCAUCCAUCUGAAUGACAGCAACGUGUACUUUGUCUUUGUGAAUGUGUCAUUUGUUUCAUGUUUUCAUGUUCAUAGUACUACUAUAUCAGGAGUUAUUUUUUAAAUAAAUAGCCAUUUUGAAAUGUCAGAAAAUAUACGUUAGCCAAAAAGUCAGAUACCAGUUUUGAUAUCCGAUAUGUUCUCCGUAGUACUGAACACUGUGUACACCUAAAUUCUGAUAAAUGUUUUAACUAUAAAAUAAAAAAAAAGUGUGUAAAAUUU